AUGGCUAAUGCCACUACAGUGGAUGAGUUUAUUUUACUUGGUCUGACCAGCACACAAGAGUUACAACCUUUCUUUUUUGUGAUUUUCUUUGUUAUUUACCUGAUAAACUUGGUUGGCAAUGGAGCGAUAGUAGUGAUUGUUAUCUUGGAGCCCAAACUUCACUCCCCUAUGUACUUCUUUCUGGGAAACCUUUCUUGUCUGGAUAUUUGCUAUUCUUCAGUGACUCUGCCCAAGGUGCUCAUAAACCUUCUCUCCCCUAGGAAAGUCAUCUCCUUCCUAGGCUGCAUUGCUCAGCUCCAUUUCUUCCAUUUUCUGGGAAGCACAGAGGCCAUCUUACUAGCCAUCAUGGCUUUUGACCGCUUUGUGGCCAUCUGCUACCCCCUGCGCUACAUGCUCAUCAUGAACCACCAGGUGUGCCUUCUGCUAGCAGGUGCAGCUUGGUUGACCAGCUUCUUUUAUGCCUUGAUGCAUUCAGUCAUGACGGCACGCCUUGACUUUUGUCACUCUCAGAAAGUCAAUCACUUCUUCUGUGAUGUCAAGCCUCUCUUAGAACUUGCUUGCAACAACACGCUACUCAAUCAAUGGCUUCUUGCUGUUGUCACAGGCAGCAUAUCCAUGGGGGCCUUCUUCCUAACUCUUCUCUCCUACUUUUACAUUAUUGGCUUCCUUCUCUUCAAGCACCGGUCCUGCAGUGUGCUUCAAAAGGCUCUGUCCACGUGUGCUUCUCAUUUUAUGGUUGUAUGCCUCUUCUAUGGACCUGUGGGCUUCACAUACAUCAGGCCUGCAUCAGCCUCCUCCCUGGUGCAGGACCGGAUUAUGGCCAUCAUAUACAGCGCAGUCACCCCAGUGCUGAAUCCCCUGAUAUACACCCUGAGGAACAAAGAAGUGAUGCUGGCUCUGAAGAAAAUUUCUAGGAGGAAGUUUUUGCUUAAAGACCACCAGCAUCACCACUAG